AUGCCGACUCUCAAAGCCGCGGCCGCUUCGACGCUGUCUCUGCCGGCCGAGAAUUACAUUUACUCCAUAACCGCGUCGGUACCGGGCUCCUUUGCCGCCAUCUCAUCGGAUGAUUCCUUGCGAGUAUUCGAUGCCAACCGUCUCGAUCACGUCUUGGUGGUCUCCCGCAAAACCCACGAUGGAGGCGUCACCUCGCUCCGGAGCUACCCUACGAGCAACUCCCAGCUCCUGGCCACGGGAGGUCGGGAAGGAGCUGUGAAGCUGUGGGAUGUCCGCACUGGGAACACGAUGUUGCAAAUGGAAAUGGCAAGACAUAACCCUGUCCUCUCGGUGGCUUGCAACUCAGAGACCAACACCAUCGUCGCCGGCUCAGAACUCGUGUCUUCCCAGGCAAUCGUUUCUUUCUGGGAUAUCAGAAAUCCGCAGGCACCAAGUCUCCAAUACGUGGAGAGCCACAAUGAUGAUAUUACCGAGCUUCAAUAUCACCCGAGCCUCAGCAAUGUCUUACUGUCCGGCAGCACGGACGGGCUGGUAAACAUCUACGAUACAACGGUGACAGAUGAGGACGAGGCGCUGAUACAGGUCAUCAACCACGGCUCCGUACACCAUGCCGGCUUCCUUUCUGAUCGCACCAUCUUCGCCCUGAGCCACGACGAGCAUUUCUCUGUGCACCCCGCCACCGACCCAGACGAGCCUGGUCAGGGGCCCGAGCCCGUGCAUUUUGGCGAUGUGCGCGAGCCGCUAGACUGCGAGUAUGUCGCUCAGCUGUGCAUUGGUAGCCAGGGGCCAUAUAUCGCCGCCGGAAACAAGAUGAAAAGGAGCUUGGAUCUGGUCCCAUUGGUUCCCAACCCGGCAUGGCAGUUCGACAAGGACAACGUCUGGCACCUCCCUGGUGCACAUGGCGAGGAUGUUAUUCGCUCAGUGUAUCUGGACGAGCAGAGCCAAUCUGUCUUCACUGGCGGUGAGGAUGGAUAUGUGCGGAUCUGGAAGCUCGGCGAUGAUGGAGACGCUCAGGCCCAGGCUGGAACUGCGAAGACAUCGCGGAAGGAUAAAAAACAGAAGGACCGUUUCAAGCCGUACUAG